AGGGUGCCCCGCGCUCAGACCAAUGGGAGCUGCAGAGACAAGAGACGGGUCAUUUCCUCCCCGCUAUCUGCACCCUCCCCGAGGGCUUUAAAAACCACAGCCCUGCGGCCAGAAGGGGCCAGGAGGGACCUUGGUCGGGGAUCAGCGGGGAGCCCGGGAGGCCGGCAUAUGGACCCCAUGGAGAACGUCAGUGACAACUACGCCAACUAUGACAACUUGCCUGUGGACCUCGGCGCCCCCGUGGAUGCCUCUUCCAACAGCUCCAAGCUCAGCAUCCCGGAUGUGUUCGCUCUCGUCAUCCACACUCUGGUGUUCCUGGUUGGGGUGACCGGCAAUGCCCUGGUGGUCUGGGUGACGGGCUCCGAGGCCAAGCGAGCCGUCAACGCCAUCUGGUUUCUCAACCUGGCAGUGGCCGACUUUCUCUCCUGCCUGGCUGUGCCCAUCUUGUUCGUGUCCAUCAUCCAGGGUGGCUACUGGUCGUUCGGCGAGGCCGCCUGCCGCAUCCUCCCCUCGCUCAUCCUGCUCAACAUGUACGCCAGCAUCUUGAUCUUGGCCUUCAUCAGCGCUGACCGCUACAUGCUGGUGUUUCACCCCGUCUGGUGCCAGAACUUCCGAGGGGCCCGCUUGGCCUCGACGGCCUGUGGAGUGGCCUGGGUCCUGGCCCUGCUGCUGACCAUCCCCUCCUUCCUGUACCGUGAGAUACACGAGGACCACUUCCCACACAAGAUAACGUGCAACGUCAAGUAUAAGAAUCCCAAGACAGAGAAGUUAGUGGCCUCUGUCCGGCUGGUCGUGGGAUUCCUGGGGCCACUGCUGACCCUGACGAUCUGCUACACCUUCCUUCUGCUGCGGACCUGGAGCCGCAAAGCCACGCGCUCCUCCAAGACGCUCAAGGUGGUGGUGGCGGUGGUGGCGAGCUUCUUUGUCUUCUGGCUGCCCUACCAGGUGACCGGGCUGAUGCUGGCGUUGUACGAUAGCCAUUCGGACACCUUCCGGCGCCUGCAGAGCGUGGACGCGCUCUGCGUCUCCAUCGCUUACAUCAACUGCUGUAUAAACCCCAUCAUCUACGUGGUCGCCGGCCGGGGCUUCCAGGCCCGAGUCUCCAAAUCCCUCCGCUCCCUCCUCCGCAACGUGUUGACGGAGGAGUCAGUGGAAAGGGAAAGCAAGAGCUGCACGCGGUCCACCACGGACACCCAAGCCGAGAAGAGCGUGGCUGUAUAAGGGGUCUCGGUGGGGAGGUCUUGUCCCGGUUAGCUCGUCUCCGUUCCUUCUGUCUUUCCCAGACUUGUCCUUCUUCUUCAAGGCUACUUCUCUAAUUCUUCCUGAUUCCCAAGACUAGCACUUCCUUUUGUGGAUAGUCUUGACCUUUCUUUCCAGUGGAGAAAGCAAUGUAUACAGAGUAUCUCCAUGCAUCAGUGAGAUUCGCAUGCACAUGCAAACUGUUGAGGACAAUAUUCUGCAAGGGUGCACAGUUCAUCAAUUUUAGGUAGUCUGCCCAAGAACUCUAAAAUGUUUUAUAGUUACGUUUUUAUUUUACAGAGGGUCAGGGACAGAAUGUAACUGGCAUCUUGAAAGUUAUUCUUGUUUAGGAUCGAGCAAAAAGUACGUGGACUUUAUUGAAACGUUUACAAGUGAGUCAAUGUUAAGAAAAAAUGUUAAGUUAAAAUGAUCCUUAAUUGGGUUAAAAAAACAUAUUAAAUAAAAAGAUAUUAUGCAAAAAACACGAGGAAGGCAUGCGAAUGGCUGGAAUGGGGGAAAUAUUGGCUGGACAGAUCCAUGUGCCUUGGGAAGAACGAGGUACCAGAGGAAUUGUACUUUUACUUUGUAAACUGCUGUUUUGUUUGAACUUUUAAAAAAAUUAAAUGUUUUAUUUUUCAGUAAUUGUAUAUUAAUCCCAGUUUUGAGGAAUGAAAGAGGGUUUCCUAAGUACAUUUUACCCAGUCCCCCCAACGGUUACUUCUUGCAGAACUCUAGUAAAACACAAGGAUAUUGACAGUGAUGCAGUCAAGAUAGGGGACAUUCUGCCCCCACAAAGAAACCUCUCGAUGCUCUUUUAUAGCCGUGCCCACCUCCUCUUCCCUCCCCCCUCAGCAACCACUAAUCUGUGCUCCAUUUCCGUGAUACGUCAUUUCAAUAAUGUUAUUUAAAUGGAAUCACAUAGUAUGUAAGUUUUUGAAAUUGUUUUAAAAAAUAGCAUGCAUGACUAAUAAUGAAAAUAAAAAGUAAUGGCUAUUGAUA